CACCUAUUUUUACCACCACAACAAAAAGGUUCAGCAUAUCGAGAGAAACAUGGACUUUGGUGGUUAUUGUAACUUGUGCCAGGAUCCUUUUGAGCCUACUGAUGGCAUGGUUAACGCUGGAGGCCACGUAUGGCACGAGACUUGUUUUGUUUGUGUACAGUGCUUUCAACCAUUUCCCGAAGGAGUCUUUUUUGAACAUGAAGGCAGACGUUAUUGUGAACAGGACUACAAGACACUUUAUGCUCCCUGCUGCAGUGGAUGUGGUGAUUUUGUUAUUGGUCGUGUCAUUCGAGCUGUUAGCCAGUCAUGGCAUCCAAAAUGCUUCAAAUGUGUGAACUGUCAUUGUGAGUUGGCUGAUAUUGGCUUUGUCAAGAACCAAGGAAGGCCUUUAUGCAAGCGUUGCAACAGUGAAUUCAAAGGAGGAGCAAAGAAAUUCUGUGCCAAGUGCAGUUUACCAAUGGAUCAAGGCGAUCAUAUCACGUAUAAAUUUCAGACAGUUCACGCCCACCAUUUUAAUUGCUCCAAGUGCAGUAAGCAGCUAACUGCACGCUGCCGUGAGAAAGAUGGAGACCUCUAUUGUCUUCGCUGCUUUGACAACAUGGAGUCAUCAAUAUGUGGCGCCUGCAGGCGUCCAAUUGAGGGGCGUGUCAUUCAUGCCGUGGGCCGAACCUGGCAUCCUGAGCAUUUUGUGUGCUCUUACUGCGAGCAACCGUUUGAAGGAAGGAGGCAUUACGAGAGGAAGGGACUCGCUUACUGCGAGAGGGACUAUCAAACCUUGUAUGGUGAUACGUGCUUUGGAUGUAACAAGCCUUGCAAGGGAGAUGUUGUUACGGUUCUGAACAAGUCUUGGUGUAUUGAGCACUUCAAUUGCACUGCUUGUGACACUUUACUGUCCUCAAGGGGCGGAGCUAAGUACAUAGACAUGGACGAGAGGCCGUACUGCAAGAAGUGCUUUGACAAGAUUCCUGUUGAACUCCGUCGCAGAUUAAAGAAGCAAGCUGACUGAAUGCAGCUAGUACUAGUCUAUGAACAUAUCUCCAUUUUACUGAACAAUUGAACUAACAUAAUUUCUUGUAGUCAGUAGGCUUUGUGCAAUUUUAAUUAUUGAAGUACGUGUAGACAUUUCACCCAUAGCAAAGGGUUUUAUUCAUCUAUGAUUGUCUUUUAAUUUUUAUUGGUAAGCCCAUUUCUUUAAUUCAGAAA